UUUUUAUCUUAUCAAAUAACAGAAGUUUGUCACAUUCUACUUCUAGAUUUCAACCACACGAGUCAAUGCCCAAGAAAGAAUAAUGACAAGGCUAAGAUAGAUUUUAAUUAAAUAAAUAUUCUUAAUAUCUUUCCAUGUAUAACAAAAAGGCUACGGGUUUAAAAAGAUGUAAGCUGACAGAUGUAUACAGCAAAGUGAUAGAAAAUGGAAUAUGGAGAGCACCACAGACGAGAUGCUAGUCUCCCAAAUGAAGUAAAAUCUGUCUGAACAUAAAAUAAUCUAAUAUUUCUUUGUCCCUUGAAAGAGAAGAGAAGAAAGGUAUAGAAUAAAAGUCUUUAACGCCAAAAUGUUUUAAUCCCCAAAAAGUUUCUGAAGUAUAAGUUUUCGGUUGUAUGGCGCUAUAUAUGUGUAUACGUGCGAGCACACUUGAAUCGAUAUACAAAAUGUGACAAAAAUAAUCAUCCAAUUCCAUCACAAUUAUCCAUGGCAGAACGAAGACAACCAUUCCGCUUUCGACUCCCAUGGUCUCAGCGCUCUACAGAGCAACAAACACAAAGCUCUCGUCCUACAUCCGUUUCACGACGUGCUUCUAGACCAGCUGGGAGAGCCCCUUCACAGCCCCCUCCUUCUCAGUCUCAACCACCUUCUAAAGCUGAAGCUCAACCAUCAUCAGCAUCCCCAUCUCCUUCUCCUGCAACUGCAAUCAAUGAGUCUCCAAAAGAAACACCAUCUAAACCAUCUGUAAAACCUCCAACACCAUCUGGUGCAGCCACUAAGUCACCUAAAGAAACACCAUCAAUCCCAACUCUCAAACCCCAAACAUCUUCUACUCCAAGUCCCAAAUUUAAAACACCAUCUCGUGCAGCCACUGAAUCUCCAAAAGUAACAUCUUCUACCGCAAAAGGUAAACGCCAAAUCUCAUCUCAUACAGCCACUGAAUCCACAAAAGAAACACACUCUCCUCGAACAACCAAACCUCAAACCCCAUCUCAUGCAUCCACUGAAUCCUCAAAAAAAACAUUUUCUAACCCAACAUUCAAACCUCAAAUGCCAUCUCGUCCAGCUAUCAAACCACCAAAAGAAAUAUCUUCUGCCCCAACGGGUAAAUCUCAAACCCCAUCACGUGUAGCCACUGAAUCUCCAAAAGUAACAUACUCAGCUCCAACAAGCAAACCUCAAACCCCAUCACGUGUAGCCACUGAAUCUCCAAAAGUAACAUACUCAACUCCAACAAGCAAACCUCAAACCCCAUCUCGUGCAACCACCGACUCCCCAAAAGAAACAACUUCUGCCCCAACAACCAAACCUCAAUCACCAUCUAGCUUAGUCAUUAAACCACCAAAAGAAACAUCUUCUGUCCCCACAGACAAACCUCUAUCACCACCUAGUACAGUCAUCAAACCACCAAAAGAAACAUCUUCUGCCCCAACAAGUAAACCUCAAACCCCAUCACGUGUAGCUACUGAAACCCCAAAAGUAACAUACUAUGCCCCAACAAGCCAACCUCAAACCCCAUCUCAUGCAACCACUGAUUCCCCAAAAGUCAAACCUCAAACACCAUCUCGUCCAACCAUUGAAUCCUUAAAUGAAACUUCAUUUUUCCCAACAAUCAAAAAUCAAACACCAUCUCAAGCAACUACUGAAUCUCCAGAAGAAACACAAUCUUUUCCAACUACCAAACCCCAAACAUCUUCUGCCCCAACAAGCAAACCUCAAACAUCAUCUCCAGUAGCUACUGAGUUCUCGAAAGAAACACCAUUUGUGCCAAUUUCCAAAUCCCAAACACCAACUCCUUUAGCAAAUGAAUCACAAAAAGAAACACCAUCAUCUCAAAAUUCCAAACUCCAAACACCAUCUCAGUUCGCCACCGAGUCCCCAAAAGAGAAUCAAUCUCUUCAAUUCACCAAGUCCACAUCAGCCACUCCUCAAUCAACUUCUUCACCCUCGACAAAUAUAGCUGUAAAACCCCCAUCACCAACAAGCACUGCCACCAACUCUACAAAAGUAACACAACUGCCCACAACUGGUAAAACUCAAUCCCCGUCUAGUAUAACCAGUGAAUCCCCAGAAGCCAUUUCCCUGCCAACUUCUUCAACACCUACAAAUGCAAUUGUUAAGCCUCGGUCACCAUCUCUUGCAACAAUUGAGGCCUCAAAAGCUACUUCCCAGUCAACCUCUUCACCAUCUGUUGAAACUGUUGUAGCUAAACCAUCAUCUCCAUCUGUUGUAGUAGGGAAAUCCCAAGUCAGUUCCAAGCCUACCUCACCACCUCAAGUAAGACCCCAUAGAGGUUUAACAUCUGUGUUGUCGUCGCCAUCUAGUACAACCAGUGAAUCCUCGGAAGUCAGUGCCCUGCCAACUUCAACACCUGCAAAUGCAAUUGUUAAAGCUCAAUCACCAUCUUUUGCAACAAUGGAGGCCUCAAAAGCUACUUCUUCCCCAUUUGCUGAAAUUGAUGUAACUAAACCACCAUCUCCAUCUCUUGCAGUAGGAAAAUCACAAAUCAGUUCCAAGCCUACCUCACCACCUCAAGUAAGACCCCAUGGUGGUUUAACCUCUGUGUUAUCGUCACCUUCAAAAAGAGACUCCAAGUCAGGGGCAACAUCACCUUCACAAUCUCGUGUGACUUUUGAGUCUCAACUAGAGUUGGGAAGGUCAUUUCAAUCUCAGUCCCCUACUUCUCAACAUGCUUGGAUGGAUAAUCUGGGGGUUUCUUCUCCAAUUAGCAAAGCUACUCAACAAAAAGCAAAGGAUGACAUUGUAUCUCAAUCUCCGUCUUCGCCUGAGAAACCUCAAGUUAGAGCUCAGGUUCAAUCAUCAAAUCAUGAGCAAGAACUAGAGAAAGAAGUAGCUUUUAUGGUGUCAUUGCGAGGGGCUGAAUCAAAAGAGAAAAUCACAUCUGAAACUAAAAGGAUAAAAACCUCUCAAGAUGCUCUUGCUGCAAGGGAGCUAAAAGAAGUUCCAAUGCCUUUGGAAACAACCAUGUCACUCUCUGAAGAAGCUAACAAGGUAGAUGUCCCACCCCAGAAGUCAGAUUUGAAGCUCCAACCCGAAUUAGAGAAACAUAAUGUUACAUUUCAAGCACUAGAAGGGCAACAAAAACGAGAAGUUUCUGACAGAACGAAGACUAUAGCCACCACCACUUAUAUUGGUAAUGAUGCCGAAAUUGCUAAAUCAUCGCAUCCGAUACGUGGAAAUACAAACAAUUCUUUUCAAAAGCCUGUUUUGACCAUAGAGGAAGAAGUUUCUCUACACAAGAAUAUCAUAGAAGACAUUUCCAAGCUUGUUAAAAAACUCACCACUAGAACCCAAGUGGAUGAAAAGCCUGUUAUUGUCGUUACCUUAACUGGUGAAAACAAAGGAGCGGCAAUGCACAUGAGCUCUGAAUCAACAAAAAAGGAAGAAUCAAUUCACAUUCAUCGGAGUUACAAGACUAACUUAGAGAAGAGCCCUAAAAAUGAAAACACCACUGAUGGAGAAACAAGCUCGGGAGAGAGGCAUAUAGACCGAAUGAUAAGAGAAGCCCAUUCACCAAAAGCUUAUGUCAAUAGCAAUGCACAGAGCGUUAACAACUCCAUUGUAUUCAAUGCUUCAAUCGAAGAAAAGAAUCCGGGUGUUCAAUUGACCUACUCUCAGUACACAACUGACGAGGUCAAGCAGUUGAAAUUGUAACUCAAAAUCCACCCAAACCUGCAAGGUUGAGUUUACAAUGACCCCUAGACGACAAUGCCUUAAAAACUCUUUAUGGAACCAAGCAACUCAAGCCCAAAAAAUCCAAAAGAGCGUUGACACGAUUGCUGCUGCUACAAAUUUGGGAGAAAAAAAACAGAAAAGAGUUCUGUUCAAGACUCAUUUGUUGAUAGUGUUCUUAUAGUCUAAAACAAUAAAAUGAUACAAUAAAUUCUUACAACAGGAGUAAGAUCGAUAAUGAUCACAAUAACUGGUUGAAAGAUCGCAUGGUUCUUAUCUAGCCUUUGCUUCUUAUAUUAUAAGAAAAAUAUGCCACCCAUUACGCACUUGUCUUUUAAAACCUGAUUUUAAUAAACUAAGUAAGAUACCAAAAAC